AUCGUUGGUUGGUCAAUGUUUUGGUGCGGCGUGAGGCAAGGUUCGGCUCGGCGUCAACAAACAAAUCCUCUGCAACUCUACAAGAAAAGGAAGGAAAACCAAGCAAACAUCGACUGUGAAUAGUGGGCGUCCCGUGCUGACACCCGCGAGCCUCCAGGAUGCCGGUGUCCCUUGAUGACCUGACCAAGCUGCGGGUGGUGGACCUCAAGGCAAAGCUCGCCACCUUCAACCUGCCUACCCAUGGCCUGAAGAGUGAGCUGGUGGACCGCCUCUUCCAGCACCUCGCCUCACUUGGGGAGACCACUGGACCGGCACGACUAGAAGAGCCCACUGAUAGCUCAGAUCUUCUGGAUGAUGGCCCGCCUGGUGUGGACCCCGAGGGGCCUGACACAGGGAGUGGGGAGCAGGGCCAGGGCAAGCCUGAGGACACGGGGCCACAGGAGAGCGAGGACCCAAGCCAGCCAGGCGGACCAGGUGGACCAGAGGGACUCAUGCGACAGAGGGAACAGGAGGAGCAGAUGAUGAACCGUCAGCGGCAGAUGGAGGAGGACCAGCUGAUGCAGCACAAGGUACGGGAACAGCAGCGCCUCCUGGAGCAGCAGCAGCAACAGAAACAGCAGGAAGAUCUGUACAGACUGCAGCAGGCGGCCUUUAUGGAGCGGCAGCGGGAGGAACAGGAGAAGCAGGUGCACCUCAUGAGGAUGCAGCAGGAGGCCCUCAUGCAGGAUGAUGAGCAGAUGGCCAUACCUGGGCAGGGAGGGCCUCCACCUCCUCCCCCACCACCAGGAGUCUCAACACCCACGCCACACACCACUGGGCCAUCGUCAGGGCCUGGGAGUGUGGGCACAGUUCCAGUCUUAGGGCCACCAGGAGUUAAGGCUUCAGUUGUGGUGCCACCCUCACCCACCUUCACCCCCCAGCCACAGGGUCCCAUGACUGUUGGGGGUCCACCAGCAGGUUUCUCUGGCCCAAGCCCUGUGGGAAGUGCUGGGCUGCUAGGGCCAGGGCCAGGGUCUUCCCCCAAGCCUAACCCACCCCAGCAGCAGCCUCCACUACGCCCCCCACUGCUGCAGCCUGGCAGCACCCGUCCACCCCCACCCAUGACUGCCCAACGACCCCCCACAUCCUUGCAGAGCACACCUCCAAGACCUCCAGGUGCUGGCCUUUUAGGAGCAGCUCCCUCAGGUAUGGGACCUCCUGGAGAGACCACAGAGAAGGCAGACAAGCCGCCACCACUCAUGUCCCUGCAGGUGUCUGGCCCAAAGGAGGAGACACCCCGAGAAGUGAAGCUCCCCCAGGCACUGGAACAAGCCCUUGCAUUCAAGACAGAGAGAGCCAAACAGGUUGGUGUGAAUCCUGAGGAUGUGGAGAAGGUGGAAAGAGAAGGUCUGGCCAGAAUUGAUGACAUUUCCAAAGCAGCACCACCAGCACGCACCACCACCCCACCAGCCAAGCCCCAGCCAGCCUAUGUCCCCCCUGCCUAUGAGGAAGAGGAAGAGGAGCCCUCAGAGGAGCCAUUACAGAAAACAAAGCAGGAGAAGAAGAAAAAGAAAAAGAAGAAGAGGAGAGGUCGCCAUCGUUUUGAAGAGGAGCAAGAGAAAGAGAAGAAGGAAAAGGAGUCACAGUCAGACAAGAGCGAGGGAGACGAGGCAUUGGGAGGCGUGGAGAUCGAGUACAUCCAGGACACCAUUGACCUGGACAUCACCGACCCUAACUACCGUCACUUCACCAAAAUCUUUGAGACGUUCCGCAUCGCUGAGCCAGAGCCCAAGCUGGAGGAGGAGAAGGUGACCCCCAAGACAGAAAUGCCACUCAUGGACCUGAAGAAACUUGGCUCCAAAGUCCCUGGGAUCCUGGAAGAUGAUGAUGACGAUGAUGAUCUUAAGAAGGAUGAUGGUGACAAGCCUAAGUUAUCCAAGAGAAAACUGAAGUUGCUCAAGCGAAUGAGUAUUGCUGAAUUGAAGCAGACUGUAAGCCGGCCAGAUGUGGUAGAGAUGCACGACGUGACAGCUAAAGACCCCAAGCUGCUGGUGCACCUCAAGGCCACCCGCAACACUGUGCCCGUCCCCCGCCACUGGUGCUUCAAGAGAAAGUACCUCCAGGGCAAGAGAGGUAUUGAAAAGCCACCCUUUGAGCUGCCUGACUUCAUCAAGCGCACAGGGAUCAUGGAGAUGCGUGCUGCCCUGCAAGAGAAAGAGGACCAGAAGACCCUCAAGGCCAAGAUGAGGGACAAGGUGAGGCCAAAGAUGGGUAAGAUUGACAUUGACUACCAGAAGCUGCACGAUGCAUUCUUCAAGUGGCAGACCAAACCCAAGAUGACCAUCCAUGGUGACCUCUACUAUGAAGGAAAGGAGUUUGAGACCAAAAUGAAGGACAAGAAGCCAGGAGAGAUGAGUGAUGAUCUCAGGAUUGCCCUGGGCAUGCCUGUUGGUGCUAAUGCCCACAAGGUUCCUCCUCCAUGGCUCAUUGCUAUGCAGCGUUAUGGUCCACCACCGUCUUACCCCAACCUCAAGAUUCCAGGACUCAAUGCUCCUAUACCUGAGGGAUGCAGUUUUGGGUAUCAUGCAGGUGGCUGGGGCAAGCCUCCCGUUGAUAACAUGGGCAAGCCAAUCUAUGGUGAUGUGUUUGGCACUCAAGGGAAGGACUUUGACACACCCUUAACAGAGGAGGAAGUGGAGAGGACCUUGUGGGGAGAACUUGAAAGUGAGAGUGAAGAGGAAUCAGAGGAGGAGAGCGAGCCAGAGUCAGAAGAGGAUGGCAGUGGCCUCGUGACUCCAGGAGAGACUGGCCUGGUCACUCCCUCAGGCAUCAGUUCACUACCUGCUGGAUUGGAGACGCCAGACAUGAUUGAGCUCAGGAAGAAGCGCAUGGAGACUGAGAUGGAAGGAGGAGACACCCCUGCACUGUACACCAUCCUGCCAGAGAAGCGAACCGAGACGAUGGGACGUGCAAUGAUGGGAUCAACCCACACCUACGACAUCAGUGCUGCAGCAGCAACAGCCAGCACUGGGACCAGCAAAUCUGCUCCUCAGGGUGUAGAGGUGGCCCUGGACCCCUCCGAGUUGGACCUGGUGGACACAGAUGCCAUGGCUGCCCGCUAUGAGGCCACACUGAGGGAGCAGCAGAAGGGAGAAGAGGAGGACUUCUCUGACAUGGUGGCAGAGCAUGCGGCAAAGCAGCGCAACAAGAGGCGGAAGCAACAACAAGACCAGAGCAAGCCUGCUAAAAAAUAUAAAGAUUUCAAAUUCUAAGUGUGGCUGAUCAAUGUUACCAUUAAUGCAAGGAUGUAAUGCUGUUUGUGUACCACUGAGGGACUCGAGUGCAACCAGUGAUUGUUGUCAUGCUGUUGGAUCACAGUUUGUAGUCUGCUGUCAUCAUUCAUCAAGUAAUAAAUUUUGAACAAUGUA